UAUGUCAUGUUACGUGGGGAUCACGAGGAACUAUGGGUACAGAAAUCCAAUAUGGCGUACUCUCGAAGGUGAGCUUGAAAUAUGUAUUAAAUACUUUAAAUUUCAGCGACAUGAAUACCUGUUAUAUUAAUUAUCGUCUUUUACAAUAUUCUAGAAAAGAUUUGGAUGACAUCUUAACAGUUAUGAUGUAUCAGGACAGUAGUUCUGACGAGGAUUCUAGUGAUAGUGACGAUGACCUUGAUCUCCUUUUUCUUGAAACUCUUUUUCCAACACCAGAAGCAUCAUGUACUCCUCGACUAAAGCUGGAAGACCUUAGUGACACUCAAUGUCAACAGAUGUUUAGAUUUGAAAAGCAAGAUCUAUAUCGACUAAGAGAUGCUUUGCAAGUCCCAGCAAAUUACAUAUGUUCUCAAGGGACGAAAGCCACUGGACUAGAGGGUCUUUUAAUAAUGCUACGUCGCUUAGCUUAUCCAAAUCGUUGGUGCGAUCUGCAGUCGUUAUUUGGAAGAAGUGAAUCGGAACUCAGUCUUAUUUUCAACGAAGUGAUUGAUGACAUCUAUGAAAGCCACCAUCAUUUAAUUGAUGCACUUGAUUUGGUUUGGCUUGAUCCACAAACCUUCUCACAAGCUAUUCAUGCCAAGGGUGCACCACUGGACCAAUGCUGGGGUUUCAUAGAUGGGACCCCACGACCAAUUGCACGACCAAUUAGAAGCCAAAGAAUCAUGUAUAGUGGGCAUAAAAGGGUUCACUGCUUGAAAUUUCAGUCUGUGCAGGCUCCCAAUGGYCUGAUAGCACAUCUCUUUGGACCUAUAGAGGGCAGAAGGCAUGAUGCUUUCAUGCUUGGGGAGAGUGGUCUUGCUGACAAGCUGAGGCCACUCCAGAGGCCUAAUGGUGAACCAUAUGUAAUCUAUGGUGAUCCUGCAUAUGGUCUCACAAGAAACAUCCUUGCCCCCUUCCGAGGUGCACAGCUUACUCAUGAUCAACAAGAAUUCAACAGGAGAAUGAGCAAACUUAGAGUAGCAGUUGAAUGGGGUUUUGGAAAAAUUUGUCAACAAUUUGCUUUUCUUGAUUUCAAAAAAAAUAUGAAAGUUUUACUUCAACCAGUGGGCAAAUAUUAUGUGGUGGCAGCCUUACUGACAAACUGCCAUACAUGUUUGUACAAUUCACAGACAGGAAGAUAUUUUGAAUUAUACCCCCCAAGUUUAGAGGACUAUUUGUCAAACACUAGAUAAAAAGAGAGCAAAAUAGUGUUUUUCAU